GAGCAGGGCGUGAUUUAGUAUUUAAACCGGCCGUCUUCCGCUGAUUACAGCACGGAUCCAGAAAAACCGCACAUCGGGAAGAACUCGCAGCAGCUCGAGCACUGAACCAGAACAUCCAAAAUGAGCGACCACCCAGUUAAACAGGAGGUCCAGAACUUCGACAAGAAGUGUCUAAAGAAGACGAACACGGCGGAGAAGAACACCCUGCCCACUAAGGAGGAUAUUGAGCAAGAGAAGAAGGCUGCAGAGACCUCAAAAUGAAACCCACCCACCCGCCACGGCCCCUGCCUCCCUCUCCCUCCCUCUCUCUCUCUCUCUCUCUCUCUCUCUCUUUCCCCCCUCCCCACUUUCUUUACCCUCUUCCAUUUUAAGAGAUUUCACAUGAUCACCGCCUUUACUUUCUGGAUUUCUGAAGCCCGUGUUUAAAACAUCCCUCAGUCUCCCGCCGCAGGCGAGGAGGCGUAGCAGUGAAGGGGCGGACGAGUGCAGUUGUAAAGCCAUGUUUAAUUGCAGCUAUGGAUAUUAUGAAACUUCUUAUCUUGCAUUCUUGAGAGUGGAGAAAGAUGACCUGGGAUCAGUUGAGCAGUCAAGCACAAGCGCCAUGUGCGUCACUCGUCACCAGCCGAGCAGCUCUGCCAACCACUCCCUCGUCUGUCUCUGUACCUGGUACCAUUCUGGAUGAGUUGUUCUAUAAAUGAUAUGUAAAAUGAUAUUUUUGUUUAAAAAAAAAAAGAAUAAAAAUGUUUUGAAACAUGAA